GACCAUGCGCAUGCUGUAAUGUGACAUGUAAGGUUGUAUAACUACACGUGUGUGGUGAGAUUGUCGUUUCGAGUAAGGCGCAAUCUACACGCCCUCUGUAUGACAUCUCAGCUCGAGUCUAGACAUGCAGGCAUACGAAGAGGCUCGUAUUUCCGGAACUUGCGGACUGUGCCAGACUAAGACUGGGUGUAUCUCGAACGCAAUAGAGGCCUCGAGAAGCUACAGAAUCGUUUGCGAUGUCCAAACAAACUCCUGUGCCAGUUCCCAGCGACAAUGUGUUCGAGGACCUCAGCGGAAUAUCUACAACGGCUUUCAACAACCCAUACGAUGCCCUGAUCGUAGCCUGUGGGGAUGACCCGACACAGAUGCAAUCCAAGUACAACCUCCAUCGAACGGCAAGAAACUCUCAACAAAAGGCGAAGCUACUGGAUACCAACUUCUCAGGUGUUAGUCUUGAUUCCGUCUUGUCCAGACUGAGCGAUCAAAAAAUCGAGCCGGGGUAUGUCGACCCACGACAUUGUCUAGUCUUCUGGGGACGGCCGACGCAGAACAUCAAGGAUUUGAUCAAUCGCGCCCAAAAGGAGCUACUGAAAGUCGCACCUAAUCUAUGGCUCAUGCCUCAAGACUGUCUGCAUAUCACUGUUCUGGAAGUCACACACUCAAAGACAGCAGAGGAAAUACAGCAACUAGUCGAUCAAAUUCGUGACGAUGUGCCAGCCAUCACUGACUACACAUUCAACCAUCGCGUACGUCUCGUCAAACCACUCAUUGGUUAUGACGCCUCGGCCCUCGCACUGAGCUUUGUUCCUGCGGCUGGCGAGGGCCUUCGUGGCGGUCGUACAUUGAACGAUGACAAGGUCACUUAUCAUCACCUCCGCCGCGACAUUUACGAGCUGUGUGAAAAAGCAGGCGUUCAGGUCGAUUCGCGUUACGUAGUUCCUUCUAGUCAUAUGACUAUCGCCCGUUUCAUCGAUCCCAAUGAUUUUGCCGAUGGCAAUGGUUUAUCGGAUCCUCAAAAGGUGAAAGUGUUUGUCGAGAAAAUCGAGGAGAUCAACAGCUGGCUAGAAAGAGAGUUUUGGCCAGAGCAUAACGAAGGGAGGAUACCAGAGGGAGGCGAGUUCAACGUUGGAGAGGAGACAGGCCUGGUUUGCCGUAUGGGAACCCUUUGGUACGGUGGUGGAGAGUCCGUCCAUCAAGGCAAAGGCCUGAAAGUCUUCACACCUCAAAACCAAGCCAGUUCCACUAGCGGGGCUCUGGUAUUGCCGCCUGUUCUGUCGCAUAUACCUUUAAAGCUCCAAGUGUUCCUUGGUCGCAACCGCAGCUAUCUCCACAAAAUGUUCAACCGAGAUCGCCUUCCAGGUCUGCCUGGACGCUCUCCACAACCACCGCCGCCGCAUCACGACGGACGACCGCCGCAACAACAACAACAACCUGGAUACCCCGAUAGCAGGAUGGCGGGCUACGACAAUCGACAGCCUGGAGGGUACGGUGCUCCUCCCCAGCAGCGUGCACCUGCGCGAGGGCCACCUGGCGGUAGUAGGCAACUAAGGCCGAUCAAGAGCCCUGGUGGUAACGCCUACGCCUUUGGAAAUCUGGUCGCCGUCUCCCCCCAAGAUUUCCCCCCUACGCCGGAUGGUUCGGACAUAUACAUUCUGCUAAACGGCAACUACGUCCUUUCCGCACGUCCUACCCAGGGCUGCCAGCCGGGUGAGAUUGGUCUCACAGACGCUCAACGAACAUGGGCUGCUAUCUCCCUUGGUCCACAAGAUGUUGUCUCGGUACAGCCCUAUGAUGCCUUCAGCCAAGGCGGCGGACAAUCGUAUUUGGGUUCGGUCGAGGUCGAGGUCGGAUUCGCGGCUAGGAAGACGACAGAGACUCCUUACGAUCAGGAUGAGCUUGCCACUCAGUUUAAAAAGAAUUUCGAGAACCAAGUACUCGCCCCUGGUCAACAGCUCCUCUUGGACAUCAAGAAUAUCCCCUUAAGGAUGUCUAUACGUACCGUGCAGUUAGUGGAUCUAUCGAUGGAAAAGUCAGAUGAUGGUGCACACCCUGUCACAGAUCCACGCGCUCGUGGAAUACUCACCAGACACACGACGGUCGACUUCUUCAAAGACGCUCGCACAGAUAUCAAACUCAAGUCGUCCAAUAGGCGGCCUGCAGCCAACUCAAUUGUUCAGCCAGGGUUCAAGUUCGAAGAUAUGGGCAUUGGCGGGUUGGAUAAUGAGUUCAGUGCCAUCUUCCGGAGAGCUUUCGCGUCUCGUAUCUUUCCUCCAGGUCUAGUUGAAAAGCUCGGUAUUCAGCAUGUCCGCGGUAUUCUUCUAUACGGACCUCCAGGUACUGGAAAGACUUUGAUUGCGCGACAAAUUGGUAAGAUGCUCAACUCCAGAGAGCCCAAGGUCAUCAACGGUCCAGAAGUCUUGAACAAGUACGUUGGUCAGUCUGAAGAAAACAUUCGCAAGCUGUUCGCCGAUGCGGAGAAGGAAUCCAAAGAGAAGGGCGACGAGAGUGGUCUUCAUAUCAUCAUUUUCGACGAACUUGAUGCCGUCUGCAAACAGAGAGGCUCUGGCGCCGGUGGUGGUACUGGCGUGGGCGACAGUGUUGUGAACCAGCUUCUCUCGAAAUUGGAUGGUGUGGACCAGCUGAACAACAUCCUUCUCAUCGGCAUGACCAACCGAAUGGACAUGAUUGAUGAAGCUCUUCUACGUUCUGGACGUCUUGAGGUCCAUAUGGAAAUCUCCCUACCAGAUGAGUCAGGACGAGCGCAAAUUCUCAAAAUUCAUACAACUAAGAUGCGCAACAACGACGUCCUCGGACCAGAUGUCAACGUCGAAGAACUGGCCAGGUUGACAAAGAAUUUCUCGGGUGCUGAGCUCAGCGGCUUGGUGAAAGCUGCGUCAUCAUUUGCUUUCAGCCGACACAUCAAGGUCGGAACGAUGGCAGCUAUCAACCCAGACGUCGAGAACAUGAAAGUUCAACGUGCAGACUUCAUGGCCGCCUUGGAAGAAGUGAAGCCGCUCUUCGGUGUUGCCGAAGAAGAGUUGGGAAAGCGCCUGUUGAGGGGUAUCGUUCAUUUCUCGCCAUUCAUCAGGGAUAUCCUGGAGGAAGGGCGUCUUUACAUCAACCAGGUCAGAAAACCAGACUCUACGCCAAUCCUUUCUGUAGCGUUGCACGGUCCUCCAGGAAGUGGAAAGACAGCACUCGCCGCCAAGAUGGCCAUGGAUUCGGAAUUUCCAUUCAUUAAACUCAUAUCACCCGAGGACAUGGUUGGAUUUAGCGAGAUGCAGAAGGUACAGCAGCUUGACAAGACAUUCCGAGAUGCAUACAAGAGUCCUCUUAGCGUCAUCGUGAUCGACAAUAUCGAGAUGCUUGUCGACUGGGUACCGAUUGGACCUCGUUUCAGCAACAGUGUACUGGUUGCUCUAAAGAUUCUGUUGGAGAAGCAACCGCCGAAGGGUCGUCGUCUAUUGGUCUUCGCGACAACCACAGAGCGCUCCGUACUGACGCAGCUCGAUCUCUUCAGCCGCUUCGAUGCCGAGAUCGCAGUACCAAAUGUCAAUAGUCAGGCUGAGCUUGCACAUAUUCUGUCGGAAUCCGGUGCGUUCUCGGAUCGGGACCAGCAGCGUGCGAUCGCCGAAAUCGAAGAGAUUACAGGCCGCAAAGAAAUUGGUGUAGGUAUAAAGAAGAUCCUGACAGGUAUUGAGACCGCGAAACAAGACCAGGAUGUACCGGGUCGGUUCGCGAGAGUCAUGUCUCGGGCCAUUGCAGCAAACACGGGAACUUACAGUUAAGGGUCUAUAGACUCACGCGCAAUGGAUUGGUGUUACUCGUGCAACCUACAUCAAGGGCAUUCAAGCCUCAUGACGAAGUUCGAGCAUGACAUAGGCAAGCUACUCAAGACUGGGCUAGUUUAUAGUUCGUCUAGAUACAUAGAUAGAAUCUAACCAUGAUACCUUGUCC